CUACCAGCCUCGGUCAGCCACUUUCUCCCAACUCCCGAGCCAGCUUCUUUUCCCCUGCUUGCGGCACAGCAGUACAAUCACGCAUAUCCCUUCUUCUACAGCUAUGCAUAAUACUCUACUUGCUUCCCAAUUCUAACGAAUCCCAACUAAUAUUCCUCCCAAUAAAGCAACAAGAUAGAUAUACAAGUUUGUGGAUUGCGAUGGCAUCAUAAGAAGGUUGCCCGAGAGGAGGGGGGCCAGCACACGGCCACACCGUACGGACAUUCUUACCGAGCUUGCUAGCUAGACAACUUUCUUUCUCUCCUAGCUAGGCAGGCUCGUAGCGCAGUGUGUGCUACACUAUAAUCCGGCGGCCGGCCAUGGGAAGGGCAAUGUCGCCGGUCCUCGUGCUGGCGGUCCUGGCCGUCAUGGCGGCCACGGCAGCGGCGGCCGACGGAGACGUCAAGUGCGCUGACUGUCCGAUAGUGUACCCGUCGCCGCCUCCACCGGCGCUGCCCCCGCCGCCGCCGUACUACUACUACAGCCCUCCGCCUCCGGCGUCCUACCCCGGCGUGUCCAACUGCCCGCCGCCGCCAGGCGGGUACAUCGAGAUCGGGGGCUCGCCGCCGGGCCAAGGGCGUAUGUACCCGCAGGACCCCGGAUUCAUGCCGUCGAGCGCCUUGUCAACGCACGGGAGCCGCGCCCUCCCCUUCACGGUAUGUGCGUUGGCGAUCCUACGGCUCCUUCUGUGAUCUGCAGCAACCGCAUAGUGAUCCUCUCCGAUAUAUUACAUCACCGAGGCCACGCCGGCGUUCCAUGGAUUUCAUGUGUAUGCAUUGCAUUCACCGUGUCUUGUAAUAAUCCUUAUUACUGGUCGUAUGUUCUGUAGUUGUUGAAAUGCAUCAUUCUUUUUUUCUCUUCAGUUUUUGCUUCUGGUUACAGGACUUUCAGUUGUAAGAAAUUAAUAGCAAAGCAGAGCGCGGAACUGGCAGAUAAAGGGAUUGCGUUGGUCGUCAGUGAUCUUUUACUUUUCAUAGAUCGAAUUUGUAUGUUCUUUGGGCAGAUUGGCUCGCUGCGAAAUGGCGGAAUUCCAAAUCUCCAAUUUUACA